CCCCGGAUUUUUUUUUUUUUUUAAGAUUUUAUUUAUUUAUUUGAGAGAGAGAAAGAGCACAAGAGGGGGGAGCGGGAGAGGGAGAAGCAGACUCCCUGCUGAGCAGGGAGCCCGAUGCGGGACUCAAUCCCGGGACUCCAGGAUCAUGACCUGAGCCGAAGGCAGUCGCUUAACCAACUGAGCCACCCAGGCGCCCGUUCCCCCGGAUUAUCAAGGAAGAAUGAGGUCCUGAGGGACUAAUUGCUUCAAGAGAGGAGAGAGAAAGGGAGCUGGAAACAGUGACCAUUCGUCACCAGUAAAGACGUGUUGAACCUGGAGAGUGAGAACAUGAGAGGCACAGCGCAUUCUGACUAGGGAAGGCCAGCAGGGAGAGCUGAAUAAUAUGAGGGCAGAUGUCCUCUGCCUGCCUCAGGGUAGACAUGCCUUGCUUUGGUCCUAGCUAUUGGAAUAACACCGGGGAGGUCUGGAACAGGGGUAGGUCUGUGACUUCAUAAGCCAAAACCCACCCCCUUUACCCCAUACAGCUGUAAUCUUUGUGUCCUAGAAAGAGAAUAAAGGGUGACAAACACUCUUAAGUCUUUUAAAGGGAAGGAGGAAAAGCAGUUACUCGUUUUCUUAGAAAUCUCCACCAUGACACUGGUUUGGAAAUGAAUCUUGGUUGGGGAAAAUUCAGUGGAAGAGUCACCUGUGGGUGUCUGCACAGAGGGGUUAACUUUAUAAGUAUCUGCUAGUUGGCAGUUCAGAUUACAAGGAGCUUACACAUUCGGAACAACGUGCAACAAUAUGCUAUUUGCUUCUGGAUUUAGACUCUGCGAGGUGAUCUGAGAGAGAAAGCCUGGAACAAUUUCUUUGCAACUAUUCAAGCGGACUGAAGAAACCUAUUGGAUUCUAAAAUCUUCUAGGACAAGGCUUGAAAUCUAGUCACCUCUGUAGCUCCUAUUUGGUACACGGUGCCCAGCACAUCGAAGGUCAUAAAAACUGGCUCUUGAGGGCAGGAUUUGUCAUCACAGGCUAAGCUGUGCAGCUGGGCAAAAUCACUCCCCAGCUCCCAGCCUGUUUUCUUACUUUUAAAGCAAGGUGGCUGGACUAUUUGGUCUUCACUAUCUUUUCUGGUUCUUAUAUUCUACAGUUCUAUAAACUCUAGAUGUAAGAAAAAAUGAACACAAUCUUUUGAGUAGAGAUCACCCUGGGUGGAAGCCAGAGACAAGUCUUAGCCUCGGGCGCUGGGGAGGCUCCGCAGACCUGCUGAUUGGGAACCGAUAUGGCUGCGACUCUGGGCAGCGGAGAGCGCUGGACCGAAGCUUACAUUGAUGCAGUUAGAAGAAACAAAUACCCAGAAGAUAGACUUCCUGAAAGUCAUGAUCCCUGUGGGUGCUGUAACUGCAUGAAAGUGCAAAAGGAAAAGAAGUCUGAGCAUGAGUGGAAUGCAACCCGACAGGGUGAGGGAAGUGCCACUUACACUGAGGAACAGCUGCUCGGGGUACAAAGGAUCAAGAAAUGCAGAAAUUACUAUGAAAUUCUAGGAGUUUCUCGAAAUGCCAGUGAUGAAGAGCUUAAGAAAGCUUACCGAAAACUUGCCCUGAAAUUUCACCCUGACAAGAAUUGUGCUCCUGGAGCAACUGACGCUUUCAAAGCAAUAGGAAAUGCCUUUGCAGUCCUGAGCAAUCCUGACAAGCGACUCCGCUACGAUGAAUAUGGAGAUGAACAGGUGACUUUCACUGCCCCUCGAGGCAGACCUUAUAAUUAUUACAGGGACUUCGAAGCUGACAUCACUCCAGAAGAGCUAUUCAAUGUCUUCUUUGGAGGACAUUUUCCUACAGGAAACAUUCAUAUGUUUUCAAAUGUGACAGAUGACAGCCACUAUUACCGCCGGCGGCACCGACAUGAGCGGAUGCAGACACGGAAGGAAGAAGAAGAAGAAAAGCCUCAGACCACGUAUUCUGCAUUUAUUCAGUUACUUCCAGUUCUUGUGAUUGUGAUUAUAUCUGUCAUUACUCAGCUGCUAGCUGCUAAUCCCCCAUACAGUCUAUUCUAUAAAUCGACCUUGGGCUACACCAUCUCUAGAGAAACACAGAACCUGCAGGUGCCUUACUUUGUGGAUAAAAACUUUGAGAAGGCCUACAGAGGAGCAUCUCUCCGUGACCUGGAGAAGACGAUAGAGAAGGAUUACAUUGAUUACGUCCAGACAAGUUGUUGGAAGGAGAAACAACAAAAGUCGGAAUUGACAAAUUUGGCAGGAUUAUACAGAGACGAACGACUGAAACAGAAGGCAGAGUCGCUGAAACUUGAAAACUGUGAAAAACUUUCCAAACUUAUUGGCCUGCGCAGAGGUGGCUGAGAGGAUGCUAGUCCUACACAGGGUUGGGGUUUUGCUACUUGUUACUAUUUAUGUUCCUAAUUCCAUUUUAUAAUACAAAAUUAGGAAAUGACGAACAUUUUACAAGUUGCUCACUUUGGUGGGCAGAGCUGAAGGCACUUGAGCAUGGAGCCAGACUCAUCAUCACAGAAGCCUUCCUGGGGAUUGGCUCCAGGGGCCACGAACAGUUCAUCUGAAUCGAAUUAAAGGCAAAGCAUUUGAUGCAGGCCCUCUGCUCCUUGCCUGCCCCGCCUCUGGGAUUGUAGUUCAGGCAUCCCAGGGCAGACGCACAUUGUCUUCCUCCUUCCCUUCUUCAGUUAAGUCUCGAUACCCAGUCAUUCCUAGGCAUGGCCAAAGCAGCUUCGUAUUAGCUGUUUACAGUGUACACCAAGAAUGAUACCUCUCCCUGUGAGUCAUCGUGGCCCCUGGCAUUCAGCCCUUGGAACAGGUGCCUGCCCAACUUCGCACUUUCUAAGGGAAAUGUGGAGAGAUGUAAACUAUUAUUACAAUCAAUACUUUUCCAUUUGCCUAUCUCUGUUCAGAGUUACUAGCAUUAGCAAACUGCCUGAUUGGAGUUUCUUUUACUUCCUUAACUCUCUCUCUUGUAGAGGGUCCAGAAAGUAAAAGCCACUGGGUGAAAGAAACAGUUCCAUGGACAGCCCAGCAGCAGAAAGCAGGGACCCAGGGAUGAAGGUAAAACGCAAGACUGAGUCUCAGCUUCUCGGUGCAGGUUCCCCAGUCCGUCACAGACCCGGAGAAUAUGGGUGGGUUUUGCCCUUUCCCCUGCAGCAUCACACUUGACCGGAGUCCCUACACCCCACAGAAGGACAGUGGUCAGACCUAAAGCAGGCAUUGCUGGCCCCCCAGGCUUGUUGCUCAAGCCUAGAGCUGGAGGGGAAAGACCCUCUUUCCGUUGCUUCGGAGGUCGGUGUUGGUCCCAGCCGUCCCUGUCUUUACCCCAGGGCCCCAUAGCUUGUGACGUGAGAUGCCUUUUCGUGUAGUCAACAUGUAUUGAGUGCCUAGUAUGAAGCAGGAGCUCUCACAUAUAUUUUUUUAUUUUAGCCUCCUCACAACUCUGUGAAGGAGACAUGUUAUCCCUUUGUUUAUGAAAGAGAACAUUGGCCCAGAGAUGAUGAAUGGCUGACCCAGUCAUACAGCUGGUAAUGGCAGAGCGAGGUGGUAGGCUGACCCUGGGACCCUGCAUCCUCUUUACGGCAGUCCUGCGUUCACUCCAGACACCUUCCUCCCUGGCCUUGAGGAAGCAAGACCCUGUCUAUAACAAUUCUGUAUACAAAACAAGAGGUCCCUCAAAAGCAGGCAGCCCUUCCCACUGGUGACAAGGAAGAGGUAAAUUACUGCCUAGGCCCCGUGGUUCUGGGCCCUCUCGUCUAGGUGAACUACCAGGGUUGAGCUGCCUAGAUCAUCAUGAGUCAGAACCUGGAAGAUCAAUAGGUGACUGUAGUCUACACUCCAUGUUUUCUUCAGGAGGAAAGGAAAGUUCCUAUAUCAAAACUGAUUUCCAAAGUAGAGUUUGUCCUUUCAGAGGUACAGCCUUGAUUUAGGCAGACAUGUCUAGCAUGGUUCAACAUGGACAUUUCACAGGGUCAGGAGAUGGGUCCAGAGGUGAAGAGUGGAUCUUUGGUGGCUGGUAGGGGCCACCUGCUCGGCUGUGGGGAGGGGAGCAGCUCCAGAGAUAGCCAGAUUUUGCUGCUCAACUAGGUCUAUCUUCCUGGUUUGGGGGACUUCCUUGAUCCUUUCUGAGUAGCUGAGGGGAUUUACACUAUAAAAUAUGCCUGUGAGCCAAACAGGCUUAUGGAAAGAUUCCCUAUACACACACAAAUCAAAGCUCUCCCCUCCCCAGCUCCAGUCUCUGCUAGAAAAAAGGGGCCAUGAUUAAAUUGACUUGACAUGGAUUUCAUGGCAGAGAUGAGUUACCUGUGAUGACACUAAAGAGAGGUAGAACUACAUUAAACAUCAGGUCUCUUGUCUGUUUUCAUAGCACGGAUGGUACUGUUGUGUUUAUCACCUCAGAGACUACACCACCUCUGGCUUUCCUCAGCAGAAGGGUUUUUGCCUUUGUUGAAGAAUAGUUUAAUCCAUUUGUCACGGUCCAGAAUAUGACUACACUCUAAUUUCCUGGGUUCUAUUUUAGAUGGGUUGUCUGCAUGAUGGUAAAAUAAGCAUCUUCCUCUUGCCUACAUCUUUUGGAAGGGUUCCUGAUGAUGUAUAAACUCCUUAGGUCAGGCUGAUUCUUGCUGUGUUGCCAUGUCGCUCUCUGCAUUAAUGCAGAAUGGAGAGCUCUGAGGUGGGAGUGGGGCUAAGAAGCAGGGCUAGCGGCUCAAGCAGAAGGUGAAGCUCCCACUCAUCAGAAUGAAAGGACACUCUGCGCCGCCUGAUCAGCAGUGAGGAGGGGAGGGGGAAAGCCCUUCUCACACAGAGGACACCACAGCUUCAAGGAAUCCGUGUCCCCACAUUAGCAACCCUGGGGUUCAUCUGUUCAAACCAGAAAACUUCUGAACUUCCUUGAUCAGCUCCAGGCCUCCCAGCUUGGGACAACUGACCAGUAAGAAAAUGCCGUUGCUGUGCUUUCUGUUGGGAACUCUUAGAAAUCCAAACCCCACUGGAACAUGGGAUCCAGCAGCCCCGCCAAGCCUUGUGUUGUUCCUCAUUUUCAUCCUCACGCUCAGGACCGGCUUUGUGAGGAGACACUGGUGGGAUUCCAGAAGUUUUCUGUUACAACUGGCCACACUUGCUAGUUCAUUGUCUCUGCAUGCUCUGUUCCUCACAGAGGCUAGCUCUUAAUUAGUAUUUAUUUUGGACUCAUUUAUGGUAUAAGCUUAGUGUUCUAAUAUAUUUAUUUUUGGAAAGGGCCAAGUUACUCUACAUCAUAUUUGUUGAGCCUGCAUUGUUGAUACCUCCUGCAAUGACCACCGAGUAACUAUAUAUCCAUGUGUUCGAUAUUGAGUACAUCAUUUGCAUCACACUCAGUAUUUGGAAUCAAAGAUGUGAAUGUUCUGUGACCAGAGCCGGGUUUGACACAGAUGGAAUCAGCUCCUGGGGAAAUACGAAUCCUGAAAACUCUGGUCACCUGAUCCACUGCAUCUGGAUUGAGUGUAAUUUAACAGAGAAAGAAAUUAAAUGAUUUUAUAUAAAAAGAAUGGGUCUAUAAUGGGUCCCUUUGUCCUUUUACCCUUGCUCCUGUCACCCUUGGGCACCACAUACUGUCUCACUCCCUUGGAGCCAGCUGGGACUAGAGGAGGCCUAGUGUAUCUCCUCUGCGCCAACCUUCCCGAAUCCAUCACUGGAACUGUCGGUGUUCAGAACAACAGAUGACUGGGGGCAUCGCCAAUCCGUAGUUUUUUUCCAUCAGGUAACAACAGCAGCCGCAGCAUAUUCCAGCCAGUGUACAGAGCUAAACUACUUAGCUUCUGAAAACCAGGUGGUAUCCCAGUUCCUUACUGGCCUUGUUCCCAGUGACCCAUGUUUAGGAAAGUCUUGGUUUAAAUAUACAGUACAUGGGAGACGCCUGGCUGACUCAGAAGAACAUGUGACUUUUGAUGUCAGGGUCAUGAGCCCGAGCCCCAGCUUGGGUGCAGAGAUAACUAACAAUAAAUAAAAGACUUUAAAAAUACAA